UGCCUUAUUCGUAGUCCGGGCGCUUGGAGAUCCGCUUUACCGGGGUCUCCUUAGUUGGGACGAAGCCUGGUUUUGAGGCUCCCUGUCUCUGUCAGUCUGGGAAAGCGGCGGCUGCAAUCUCUGCUAACAGCCCGGAGGGGGCACGGGCGGCAGAUUGGAGAACACUUCCUUUUUCCUAAUAUUGUGGAACACCUCCAUUUUUCCUAAAAUCCUGUGAAGAGAGUUUUGGACUGAGAGGGAGCCUGGAGGCCUGAGAACGGGGGACCGUGUUUACUUUGACUGCUGGGUGAUCUGGGCUCUCUGCCCUCAGCUCCCACCAUGGCCACAGCUGUAGCCCAGAAACUCAGUCGCUUCUUCCCCAGUGUCCGGCAGCUGGGACAGAUGCCCAGGCUCCUGGGGGAGCUGGCUUCCCCCCUGCCAGACAGCACUGUGGGCCGGGCUGAGGUGCCCCGCCUCUUCUGGAAGCCAUAUAUCUACUCAGGCUACCGGCCCCUGCAUCGCACCUGGCGUUUCUACUUCCUGAGCCUUUUCCAAAAGCACAACGAGGCCGUCAACGUUUGGACCCACCUGGUGGCUGCCCUGGUGCUGCUCCUGCGCCUAGCAUGCUUUGCGGGCACUGUGGACUUUGUGGGUGACCCCCACGCCCGGCCCCUCUUCCUCAUUGUCCUUGCCUCUAUCACCUACCUGCUUUUCAGUGCCCUGGCCCACCUCCUUCAGGCCAAGUCUGAGUUCUGGCAUUACAGCUUCUUCUUUUUGGACUAUGUGGGUGUGGCCGUGUACCAGUUUGGCAGUGCCCUGGCCCAUUUCUACUACGCCAUCGAGCCCGCCUGGCAUGCUCGUGUGGCGGCCAUCUUCCUGCCUGCUGCCGCCUUCCUUGCCUGGUUAUCUUGCGCUGGCUCCUGCUACACCAAGUACCGCCAGUUGCCCGGGCUGCUGGGCCGCAUUUGCCAGGAGAUGCCCUCAGGAUUGGCUUAUGCCUUGGACAUCAGCCCGGUGGUGCAUCGCAUCUAUGUGGCUCAGGCCCUGGGCCAGGAGGACCCUGCUGUGCUCUACCACAAGUGCCAAGUGGCUUUCUUUCUUCUGGCGGCCGCCUUCUUUUCUGCCUGCUCUCCGGAGAGGUGGUUUCCCGGCAAGUGCCACAUCUUUGGGCAGGGCCACCAGCUGUUCCAUGUCUUCCUGGUGCUGUGCACACUGGCUCAGCUUGAAGCCGUGGCCCUGGACUAUGAGGCCCGGCGGUCCAUCUACGAAGGGCUCCACCGCCGUGCCCCCCACAACUUCUCAGCCCUCUUCCUCCUCACUGUGAUCUGUAGUGUUCUCACAGCCCUCUUCCUCAGCCACCGUGUGAAGCAAGAGCUCAACAGCAAAGAGGACUGAAGGGGGGCAGUGAGAGGGUGCUGGGUGGGGAGGGGGGAAGGGCCUGGGCCCAGCGCCCAGUUCUGGAGUGAGGAGAGCAAUCAGACUAUCUUAGAAGCCCCAGUAAAGUUGUUUGUGACUGGCCAUUGGUGAAUCUUAAGUGCCCCCACCCCCACCUCCCACCUCUGCCACCCAAUGCCCUCUCCUUCCCCCCUUUUGGAAGGGGUUUGAAAGGACAAUAGAUCUGGAUUGUAAUAGGAAGAUGGGAUAUGAGGCUUUAGGAUGCCAGGACAUUUGUCUCCAGUUAACUAACCCUAGUAGACCCUUCAUCUUUUCUAUCCUGUCACAUAUGCAUUACUCAUUCAUCUCUUUUUCUAUGAAGCUGGAAGAAAUAGACUUAUAGAAGAGGUGAAUUUGGUUAAGUCGACCAUUAGAAGGUAUGUUGAUAGUUCCUCCUCCCCACUUUUCCCAUGUUCCUUUUAAGUGAGAUGUCUAUAGCAUGUGGCCCCUGUCUCUUGGGCAAAGGGGCAUGCAAUUGGUUGGCAGGUUAGCCUCCAGGCAAAGUUCAGGGUUCUUGAGAUUAACUGGGAGAUGGAAACAAUUAGUGGGUGGAUGAGAAAGUCAGAUGGAUUUGAAGGUGUACUCAAAAGAUUCUAGAGUGGUCUUAAAGCUCAGCAACCCUUAGUGGUAAAAAUGAGGUGGUUUCCGAUUCUGGGGAUUGAGGCUUUCUUUUUGGGGUGGGAUACCAAGCCUUUCUUCUCUCCCAGCAAAUCUGGUGGGCAUUUUUCAGCCACAGAAGAUGCCCCAAUUUAGUUUGGAGCAAACAGAAGAAGCAUAAAUUGGUGAGUUGGAGGGCUACAUAAUAGCAAUACUGUGUUUUUCCCUGUGGCCCCCCUUCUUCCAAACUCCCACCCUCUGAAAACCUUUGUUUUCUGCUAGGGGGAAGGGAACUUUGUGAGCCUCCUUCUCCAAACCACUCAGAUAUUAUUUUUUUGAUCCAAAGGUGUUUUCUUUUUUGGGGUUCCAGGCCAAAACUAGAAAAUAACUUAAGGAUAGGUCUGGCUGGCCUAGCCCACCUCUUAGCUGCCAUGGGAGGGGGGCACCUUGGAGUUCCUUGGUCUGGUCCUCCGAUAAGACUUGGCCCCAGGUCUUGUCCCUCUGGGCUGAGUGAGGCUGACUUCUUCCAACCUGGGAGCAGUGGGGGGUGGGGAAUGCAACCCCUUUAAUCUACCUUCCUCAUUUAAUGAGGAAAUUGAGGUCUAGAGAUAACAUAUUCGUCCAAAGUCUCAUGGCAGUGUAGUUACAUGACUAAGGUUAAAACUCAGGUUCUCCGAUACCCUUUCAUGACAGACAGCUGUCUGCUUGCCCUUCUUCCAGGGAGGGUCUCACAUCUUUUCACUGAGGCCUCGAGAGCUUAUCUGAGGGCAGUACGGGGGGCAUAGUGCUGUCCCUGGGGGUCGGGAGACCCGGCACUAUGUGCGGGAGUGCGAAUGCCUGGGGAAGACAACCAGGUCCUCAGACUUCAUAAAAUUGCCCGACCACAACUUCCUGCCUCCGUCCUCUGGCCAGCAGCAGCCCCAGGGAGAAGUCCAGGAGGCUGGAGGAAAGGAGGCAGUCUGGGUUCAGCCCUUUCCGGAGAAGCUGGCCUGGCUGGGCAGCCUGGCCAGGGCUGUUGCUUCCGUGAUUUUCCGGGCCGAUUGCUUGGAUUGUAGUGGGCCUUAAUAAAUAUUAACUGAAUUUGCA